UGCCACUUCGCCCAGGGCCAAGACGUGCCGGAGGACAUGGUCAACAAGUCGGCCGGACCCCGUAGCCCCUCGAGCCCCUCGCCCUGCGCCUCCCCCUCCCCUCACAGCUCCAGCAGCUUAGGGCACAGUCGUGUGUGCAUCGACUCGGGAAUUGUCGACUCGGACGUCUCCUACCACCACCACCACCACCACCAUCAGAAGCAUCAGCAGAAGCAUCAGCGACAGCAAUUACAGCAGCAGCAGCAGAAGCAGGAGGACUCGCCGCUCAGGCAGCAUGUGCCAGACCCGGGCUCUUCUCCGCGUGUCGUCAGCCCUCACGGACACCCUCACAACGCCCCUCGCCUCGGUGGUGUUGGAUCAAACCAACAACAACAACAUUCACAAACUACAAACUCUUCACCCUCGUCGACUUCUUCGCAUCUCCCGCGAUCCUCCCACUCCGGCACUCGGCAUUGUCCGUCGGGACACGGAAGUGACGUCAUCGCCGAGAAUAGUAACUCGCACGUCGCCGUCGACGGCGAAUCGGGACCCUCACUUUUGGACUCUCAGCACCCCCUUUUUGGCAGCUCCGAAAGCCCUGGCGGUGGUAACAAGUGUUUGCUCGUCGUUGACAAUAACAACAAACGUACCACCACCACCACAACAACUCAGCCUCAGCAGCACUCCUCCUCCCCCACCCGCAAGCAGCUACAACAGAAAGAUCAGGCAGAUUUGCACCACCCUCUCCCCCACCCCCACCACCCCCAGCAGCAACAGCAACAACAGCAGCAGCAGCAGAACUCUAGCGCUCCUCACACAGUUGUCAGCAGCAGCAGCAGUGGUACCACCACCGGCGGUGUCCUCAACAGCACCAAACUGCCGCUACUGCGGAAGAUCUCGAACAUAACGAUCGACUCUGGUCGCAGUUCCACUAGUGGUACAGACGAGAACAACGACUUGGCCUUCGAGGAAGAGGACGACGGCGUCGACGACGACGGAUUCGACGUUGGGGAGAACAACAACAACAAUAAUAGUAAUAACCGGUCGAGGACAACCGCAUCCGGAGGAAGCUGUUCGGAAGACAAAGACGACAGCGCUCUCCCUCGUAGACAUAGCAUAGCGUGUGUAGACGCAACGGGACACCUUAACGUGCCCACCUAUCCUGAUUGUUUGACGUCAUCAGAUCCUGAGGAUUCGUACGGAGGCCGUGUUGCGCUUGAUUCGUUGACCCCCCACGUGACCCAUUCUGACCAGGAGUCCGCCAAUCUCUCCCCGUCUGCCACCAGUGCCCCUGUCAACGUACGGAGGGCGCCAAAGAUUGUCUAUAGCCAUUCAGAAGACAGACUCACCGCAUCAAGGGCUCUUACGGAAUCGUAAAGCUCGCCUACAAUGAAGAAGACGAUAUCCAUUAUGCAAUGAAAAUCCUGUCCAAAAAGAAGCUGAUGAAAAAAGCUGGCUUUUUUCGUCGGAUGCCUCCGUCCCGGGAGGGCAAAGGGGGCGGUAACUCUCGACCGCCCAACCCCCUGGAGCGGGUGUACCGGGAGAUCGCCAUCUUGAAGAAGCUUGACCACCCCAACGUGGUUAAGCUGGUGGAGGUGCUGGAUGACCCGGAUGAGGAUAAGCUGUACUUAGAUCGCAGACUUUGGAGUGAGCAAUGAGUUCAGUGGUGGUGAUGCCUUCCUCACCAACACUGCAGGCACCCCUGCUUUUAUGGCGCCUGAAACGCUGAGAGAUGACCAUCAAAACUUCCAGGGCAAAGCUCUGGACAUCUGGGCAAUGGGAGUGACUCUGUACUGCUUUGCCUAUGGGAAAGUGCCUUUUGAAGAGGAGUAUGUCUUGGGCCUGCAUAAAAAGAUUCUCAAGGAUGAGGUUCGGUUCCCAGACAGCCCGGAGGUAAGCAAGGAACUAAAAGAUAUUAUUCUUCGGAUGUUGGACAAAAAUCCAAGCACCAGAAUAACUCUUUCCCAGCUGAAGGAUGACCCUUGGGUCACUUGCAGCAGUCAGUUCCCCCUGCCCAGUGAGGAGGCCAACUGUGAGCUGGUGACCAUUACGGAGGAGGAUGUGGAGAAUGUGGUCAAGCAUGUUCCCAAGAUAGAAACUCUGAUUAUGGUAAAGAAAAUCCUCAAGCAGAAAUCAUUCCGUAACCCGUUCAUUGCUGCCAAACUAAGUGCCAGUGUCAAAGAAGAAUUCCAGAAAACUGGGCGCUCCAACUCAGCGCCGGAGUCUUUCAGUCACAUCAUGAGGAGGAAAGUUUCCUCCGAUGCCAACAUCGACGUUCCACUGAUGGAAGACAGUUGAUGAUGUGGUGGUCAGCUAGCUUCAUAAGUAAUCGCUGAGCUCACAAACUGGUACCGUUAUCAAGAGCCAUGACAUGACAAUGCUGUUGCUGUGUGACACAAAUCUUCAUGGUCGCUGUUUUAUUCCAUAAUGAUUGGUGAUUAAAAGCUCAUAUCAGGGAGGCCUUAUGGAAGGAUUGUACGAGAAUGUGACUGAUAUAUGAAGCACCACAUGUGAAUGGAAUCCACCCACUGAUUCAUUCAGUAUGCCUUCUGUGGGGUAUUUGAGUGAAACUGAGAACUGUUUAUUUUCCACUACCAGUACCCAGCACUUUAUGACGUCAGAACUGCCCAUUAUAUCUGAUCACAAACACUGAGAAAAUUCUCCAGGAAAUAACUCACUGAGGCUGACAGAUUCCACAACAGUGCCCAUGGCACUGACUGGCAAUGUUUUCUAUUUCUUGUUGGAAAGGAUCAGAAGGCUUUCAUUCAUGGAUAUACUACAACUUUUGACCCAAGCCCAAACUAUUAAUCUGGCAGAGUUCUAGUAUGCUGCAAGACCUUAAAACGAUGGGAGUUUAUCUCCCUUAAGAUUUUAGUGACACCGGAACUCUGUUCUUCUGUGGCCUCCAGGAUAUCAUAUCAGAUCUCCAGCCAGUUUACAGCUGACCUCUAUUAAGCUCUACUUUGUGAAAUGGAAAGUUACUUACCCCUUCAUGGCCUAUAUGACGUACGCCAUUCAUCAUUUUUUCUUACCCAGGGAAGGAGCCAAGAUGCUGCUGUGACGUGCGGCAUUCGUCAUGCCUUGUGAAGUAUGUGAGGACCAUGAUGACGAAUGCCACUCUUCAUAGGCUGUAUUCUGAGUACUGUUUCUAAUAGAUGCAUUUAGUAAAACUAAUAGCAGAUAGAAUUUUUUUUUCCAUACAAAGAAUACAUUUUUCCGUUUUAAAGACAGUUAAAAGUAUUUAAAAACUGGGUCUAAUUGUAGACACAACUGACCACUAAGUCUAGAGCUACUCUUUGUCCUUGGGGAUCCAAAACUGUGCACAGUGAAGCACGAACAAGCCCAGUGUCAUGAAGGGGUUAUGGAAUUAAUUACUAUUUACAUCCUAUAAAGAAAUCUGGGCAAAGUAGAGUAUUAUGGGGAAAAGAUCUGAUAUAAGAACAUUCUUUUAAAUUUGUUUUCUUUUAUUCUGAGAGAUGUAUUUUUCUCUGCAACUGCGAUUCUGCAAGUAUAAAUAGAGAUUCCAUUUAUUAGUAUUUGUGUCGCAAUGUGGUGGAAUCAGGCGCUUGUUAAUUUGUGGUAUCAUUAUUGGUAUCAUUUUAAAACCUGUUCAUCUGACUUCCUUUUGGUGAAAAGAUAUCCAUUUUUCUUGAAAAAAAGUAGAAAUAAUUAUGAUUGAAGAAUUUGCAAGAAAAUGGCCGCCAAAGUUUGAUAACUUCCACAUCCUGAGAUUCCUUGGAAACUGAAAAUUUACAUUUUUUGUGCCUUUAAGCAAUGAUUUUCCUGUAAAAUCCAAGCAAAAAUGUGUUUUUAAAUGGACUUUAUAGAUUAUUGGGCCAAAGACAGAAAAUUUGAAAAAAAUUGCCCAUCGGCCCCCAAAAAUGCCAAUUUUUAAACUUUAAUUAUUUUGAUGAGUGCCUGAUUUCACCACAAUGCCUCACAUUUAGCUUUUGCACAUUAUUGCAAAAGGUUGAAAAAAACCAGAGCUUUGACAAAUAAACACACUUUCAUCAUUCUGAUGCUGGAUUUGUUUGAUUCUUUAGAUGAACCAACACCUGAAAGUAAAAGAAGGUCUGUUCGGCUUUCUGGAUUUUAAAAAAAAAGAUAAAAA